UUAAUUAGUUUAACUAAAUCUAAUUUUGUUGACAUUAAAACCACUUCGGGAACAGUUAGAGGACAUACUAUAUCAGUGUUUAAUCAUACGGUUAACGAAUUUCUAGCCAUACCUUAUGCUAAGCCACCAGUGGGUGAACUCAGGUUUGACAAACCAAAGCCUAUUGAUAAGCCAUUAAAAACAAUAAUAAAUGCAACUGUUCAGGGUUAUGCAUGUAUGCAACCUAAACUAUUUAAUACUUAUACCAAUAACGUUAGUGAGGACUGUUUGGUUUUGAACAUAUGGGCACCGGUAGUUUCAAGUGGUGUACAAUUUAGCACUAAUACUAAAACUAUUAAACCCGUAAUGGUAUGGUUUUAUGGUGGAGGUUUUAUAGGCGGAUCUAUAUUUAUGCUACCACUACAUAACGGAUCAAUUUUGGCCACAAAUGAUAUGGUUAUAGUAACAGUUAAUUAUAGACUCGACGUAUUUGGUUUUCUCUAUACUAACGAUCCAUCAGCACCGGGAAAUGUUGGCAUUUAUGAUCAACAAUUGGCACUGAAAUGGGUUAAACACAAUAUACAUAAAUUUGGUGGUAAUAGUAAUCAGAUAACUAUAUUCGGUCAAAGUGUCGGUAGUUGGUCGGUAUCAUUACACAUACUGUCCCCACUGUCAAAGGGCCUCUUUCAUAGGGGUAUAAUGCAAAGUGGGGCCCAACUGUUUAGUAAAAAGAUACAAAUGGUCACCAAAAACGAUGCGCUCAGAGAUACUCUAGAAUUGGCUAAACAUUUCAAUUGUGGUAAUGAUAGCAAACAAAGGUUAAAAUGUUUGCGACAAUUGGAUGCAAAUGUUUUAUUUAGUUUUAGAAACUAUUCAACAAAAAAUCUGUUUCAUUGGAAUGCUAUCUAUGAUACUCAUAUUUUUCCACAUACAGCUCAGGUAGCUUUUAGAAAACGACUGUUUAAUAAAGACAUUCAAUUGCUCGCCGGAGACACAACACUGGAAGGUUCAGAGCUGGCCUACAAUGGCUAUCCUAUAUUACAUACGAAUAACGUUACUAAAGAUGUUUUUAUUGAUUUGGUUAAAAUAACUAAAUAUUUUUUUCAUUCAGUAAAUAUCAAUAAAAUCACAGAUUAUUAUCUGUCAAAUGUCGACCUAAAUAACUCCAGUGCUGUCAGACAGGCAUUCUUCCAGUAUUUCGGUGACGUUGGCAUCACUUGUCCCACAUAUCUGUUCGCCAAAACGUUUGCCGAAAAGGCACCAAAACAUAGCAAUGUUUAUCUCUAUCAAUGGAAUUAUGGCAAAUCUGACGGUGCUUUGGGACAGAUAAUAGGUGUAUCCCAUCAGUAUGACGUUCCCUUUGUCUUUGGUGUACCACUGGUUAGCAAAAAAUUUUUAUCCAAAACUUUCAAUGAAGAAGACAAGAAAUUUAGUUUAUAUAUUAUGAAAGUUUGGACUGAUUUUGCAAAAUAUGGUAAACCUGAUUUAUCAAACAAAUGGUCGCCAAUUAAUAACAUUAAAGAUUACAAUUUGAAAGUUAAAGACUUUGAUCCGCUGAUUGAUUCUCCGAUUCUUAACUACAAUCCGUUUAACAAAAUUUGUGACAAGUUUUGGAAAAAUUAUUAUUUUUAA